AUAAAACGAAAGAGCAAGAAGACCUUAGCAAAUAAUGGCAGGACUCAUUUAGGGCGCAUUUGUCUUUGGGGAUGCCCUUUGCGCUUGGCUUUAAGGGUACAAGACACCUCAAUUCCCUGCGCGUGGUGCGCACCCUCUCCCAAACCCUGCAAUCUGCCCCGCAGCGCAGACCAUGAUGAAGCAUCCAAUGUAUUGUAGCCGCUUCUUCUCUGUAAAAUACUUGCCAUGAUAGUGACCUCCCCCCCUUCUUCUACCCAUCUCUCAUCUCGUCAAACCUCGUCAAACCCAUCUCUCACGCUUUGUAUCUUUCUCCAUCACCGUUUUGGGUGCUGUGUCCUUUAUUUCUCUUCUAGCUUUGGUAGUGAUUGUAUUCACCGUUGCUUUCUCUUUCUCUCUCCUCCUUUUUUCACCUCAACUAUAAUUGCUACCCAGAUGACUGUCGGUGGAGUUCUGGGCAUCUUAGGAAAAAUAUUCCAUGAUUGCCGAUGGGUUUGGGUAGCUUUCGAGGUUAAUAGUGCUCUCUCUUUCUCACUCACCUCAACGUUACGGUUGGGUUCAGGGUCUUCGCUCUGCACCUCUCGGUUUUGGUGACGAUAAUGGUGGAUGAUCCUUGAGCUGUAACGGAUGAUUUAUGCUACAUGAGCCAGAAGUAGAUAGAAGUGAGGAAUUCGGCACUUUGACAAUGGUUUGCAGUUAUCUUUCGAAUUUCAGUGUUUUAUGUUCUUCUAAAGUGGUGUUAGCUUGCUCCUUUCAGGCCACCGAUGGCUCUGACCCAAAUCACGGUACAGAGGCUGUCUGUAUCUUACUAUCUUGCGUCACUGACUACAGAGUUCUAUAGUAAUUCAUCCCUUCACUCCCUUUUCCCGUUUGGUAUAGUCACAUGGUUUGCCUCUAUUUUGUGGAGUUCAUGAGGUAGGCGAUCCAACAGCCAGAGACAUGAAAACUGAUAGCUCAACACCAUAACUGAAAUGAUGGACCAUAAGGCAUGGCUUUGGAGGAAGAGGUCCAGCGAAAAGACAAUUUUUGUUUCAGAGAAAGCCGACCCUUCUUUUAAGGGGAAUGAAAAAGAGGGGCUUCCAACUGUGAAAGCACCAGAGAGGUCUGUAAAAAAUCUAAAUGAGAAGCUGGCAUCUGUUAUUUGUGAUUGUAAUGCAAAAGACGAACUUGUCACAAAACAUGCAAAAAUGGCUCAGGAAGCCAUUGGAGGUCGGGAGAGAGCAGAAGCAGAUGCAGUUUAUCUAAACCAAGAGCUACAUAAAGCUUUACAGGAGGGAGAAGCUGCAGAAGAAAGAUUAACUCACUUGGAUGCUGCACUAAAAAAAUGUAUGCAACAAUUAAGCUCUGUUCAGGAAAAACAGGAGGCAAGGAUCCAUGAUGCUGUUAUGGAGAGAACAAGAGAAUUUGAACAGGCACAGAAGAAGUUGGAGGAGAACUUAGCAGAAACAAGUAAAAGGCUAGCUAAUUUGGCUGUUGAGAAUACUCAUAUGAGUAAGGCUCUCCUUGUCAAAGAGAAAUUGAUUGAAGAUCUAAUUAAAUGCAAGUCUCAGAGAGACGCAGAGUUCAAUGCAUUGAUGUCUAGAUUAGAUUCCUCAGAAAAAGAAAAUGCUUUUCUAAGAUAUGAGUUUCACAUGCUAGAGAAGGAGCUAGAAAUUCGGAAUGAAGAGAGAGAAUUCACCCGGCGAUCUAUGGAAGCAUCACAUCUGCAACACUUGGAGAGUGUGAAGACAAUCGCAAAGUUAGAAGCAGAGUGUCAGAGAUUACGCGUCCUGUUGCGAAAGCGGCUACCUGGUCCAGGUGCUUUGGCCAAGAUGAAGGGUGAAACUGAAAUGCUGGGAAGGGAUCAGACAGAGAUGAGAAGGAGAAAGCUGAAUCCUUUAACAGGUGGCUUGAUUGUAAGAGACCCCAUGAUAGAAAAAUCUCCUGAAAUUCCCAGCAAGAAAAUCAGUUACCUUAUUGAGCGUCUAUGUGAUGUGGAGGAAGAAAACAAGGCUCUCAAAGAAAUCAUAACCAGGAAAAAUGAUGAAAUUCGUUCUUCAAGAAUCAUGUGUGCUCAAACAAAUUCCAAAUUGGCACUCAUUGAGGCUCAGCUUGGGGAGCUUUCAAAGGGACAGAAGUAUAUGGAGUUGACAAGGUGUAGUCCUAUAUCCAAUGAACUCUCUCUAACAUCAGGUUACGAUAUUGGCAGUGGGGAUGAUAUUAGCUGCUCUGGAUCUUGGGCUUCUGCCUUAAUGACAGAAUUAGAGCAUUUCAGGAAUGGGAAAACUAGGAACCCAUCAAAUAUUGAAGUGUCUGAUAUAAGAUUAAUGGAUGAUUUUGUUGAGAUGGAGAAAUUAGCAAUAGUUUCUGUGGAUACACCUUUUGCAAGUUCUCACGUUUCCUCAGAUGCAUGUAGUGCACUCAGAAAUACUCCAAAAAAGGAGGCCUCUAGCUAUCACCCUGAGUUGACAGGUAAGGAGCUAGUUCCAGUUGCACAAAGUCAUUCUGGAUUAAGUGACACAAAGCAGUGUAUUCAACCAAAAGAUGAACCAAAUGCAAGACCUUAUGAUUGGAUUCAGCAUGUUCUGAAGGCAAUCUUGGAAGAAAAUCGUGUCUCAAAAAGAAGCCUUGAUGAACUUCUUGAGGAGAUUAGAAUUGCUGUGGCUUAUAUAAACCAUCCAAGCACCACUGAAACAGAUGUGGCAGCAAUCUCGGGGCAUCCUAGGGAGUCUGACACUCUCGAUAGUAGUGGCUACAUCACUUGGAGGUCUCCAAAUACUUCUCCAAUGGUAAAUCCUCUCAAUAAAGCAUCUAGCAUUCACAGGUCAUCUGAAGAAACGAGCAGCCAACACAUUCAAUCUAAUUUGUGCAAGUCAAUUUGUAGAAUUAUUGAGCUUAUUGAAGGGAUUUGCCUGACAUCUUCAGAAGAGAAUAAUAAUAAACAAACAUGGCUGGAUAGGGAUCAGAACGCCUUCCCAUAUAAGAAUUCAAUGACUGCAGAUUACUUGGUUCGUGUUUUCCAAUGGAGAAGCUCUGAAAUAAGUGUUGUUCUGCAGCAGUUCAUUCAGACUUGUAAUGAUCUGCUGAAAGGAGAGGCUAACCUGGAAAAAUUUAUUGAGGAAUUGACAUCUGCAUUGGACUGGGUUAUGACCAAAUGCAUCACCUGUCAAGAUGUUACUAGCACGAGCGAUAAGAUCAAGAAGCAUUUUGGUUGGGAAAAAUCGCUGAGUGACAAUGAAUUUGGAGCACGAGUAUGCAACAAUACACCUUUGGAAUCUGAUAAGACUAAUCUGUCAGAAGAACAUUCAUCAUCUCUGCCUCCAGUUGCUUCCUCAAAUGGGCAAAACAGAAUGAUUUUAAGGGAGAAGAUUCAGCCUAAUCUGCAAGAAGAAAAUAGGGAAUUAGAGGAUAAGUUGAAGGCUAUGGAAUCUGAGAAGAAAGAUUUAGAGGCAAGGCUGCAGUUGGCUAAUGAUAAGAAUGAGGUCUUGACUAUUCAGCUUCAGGAAUCUGAACAAAGCACUGGAAGCCUGCGAAGAGAACUUGAAACUUUGAAAGCAUCAAGGGUUCUUAUUGAGGAUCAGAUUGAAAAUCAAAAGUUGAUUAAUGAAGAUCUUGAUACCCAGCUCUCAGUUGCAAAAGUUAAACUGAAUGAGGUUCUCCAAAAGCUUUCUUCUUUGGAAGUGGAGUUGGAGGAUAAGAGUAACUGCUGCGAAGAAUUGGAGGCAAUGUGUCUUGAGCUUCAGCUCCAGCUAGAAAGCAUUGCAAAGAAGGAAAUCCCAAAGUACAAUGUAGAUCAAGAGGGAAAGCAACUUCAAUCUGGUUUAGAGAUAACAGCAGCUUCUGUAAAGUUGGCAGAGUGCCAAGAAACAAUCCUUAACCUGGGGAAGCAGCUGAAGGCACUGGCCUCACCAAGGGAAGCGGCACUUUUUGACAAGGUGCUCUCAACCUCUGACACUACCAAAUAUAAGAACUUGAGCCAUCGCUCCUCCCUGCGCGAUCGGAUGAAGGCUGAUGAUGGUAAUGAGGUUCUGAAAUCUUCAAAGAUUAUAGAAAUUAUAAGCACCAUAGAGACGCAGAAACCACCUGGUAUUGAAUAUGAUAGCUGCCAUAUGGUGCCCACUUCCAUUGCCCCUGAAAGACCUCCAGAUGCAUCCCUUGGCAUAAAGCAAAGAAUAGGUACACCUGCAGUUGGGACUCUAGCUGUUGUGCCAAAUAAGAAACUGAGAGGAGGAGUGGGUGGGUUUGUAAGGAAGCUACUGCUAAGAAGGAAAAGAAGCAAGAAGACAUCUAUAUCCCUUGCCCAUUAGUGCUUGCAGAGUGAAGCAGCAAAGCCUGGCUGUGUUCAUGGUUUGAGAGUUUCAGUGUUCGUGAUUUGAGAGGGAGCGAGCUUGUAUGGGAUUGCAAGUAACAGUGAUGUAAAUAUAGUUAUGUGGGUGCAAAGACAUUUAGAAAUCUAUAAUAACAUGAAUAAUUGAUCAGUGAGAUGCCAA